GUCCCUAGGGUGCGGGUUGUGUGGGUGAAAAAAACAGUGCACAUCGCAAUGAGCCACGAAAUGGCUGCCCCGCGACCGAAGCAAGCAUUAGUAUGACGCGCCGGCAGCUGUUGUGGCUGAUGCUCGCGGCGGCGGCGUCGGCGGAGACAAUAACCGUGCGCCUUGGGUACUUUGGGGAAGCACAGCCGUUCCAGGUCGCGUGCGCGCGCGGCUGGUUCGACACCGAAGAUGGCGGCGACGAUUUCCAAGUCGUCUGCCUGCCGCAGGCGAGCGGCGGCUUCGCCGUGGCGAAGCUCGACGACGGAGAUUUGGAUGUGGCGCUGCUCGGCUCGACGCCAGCCGCGACCGGCCUGGCGCGCGGCGUGGCCAUGCAUACGUUCUACGUCGCCCACAUGAAGGGCACGUCGCAAGGGCUUCUGGUACGACCCGAGAUUGGCUCGCCCCUGGAUAUGAAGGAUAAAACGUUCGGCACACCAUAUGGCUCGACCGCGCACUACCACAUGCUAUACACCCGCAAGUUGUUCCCGGAAUUCCAUUUCGAACUCAUCGACUGCAAUGCGGACUGUCCGACUCUAUACGCCGCCGGCAGCAUCGACGGUGCCUUCGUGUGGGGCGGGGUGAUGGAGAGCAUGAAAGGGCUGGGCGCAACGAUGCUCGCCCCCGCAAAACUACUCAGCGACUGGGAAAAGGCGACUUUCAACACGAUUAGCGUCCGCGACGAUUUCGCUGCGGAUCAUUCCGCCGUCGUCGAGCGCGUCGCUGGCGUCGUCGCCCGCCUCGACGAGGACUACCUGAAUGCCGAUCCGACGCGCUGGAAUGUCGAUGAUUCGACCGGCUACCUGGACUCGAUAGCGGCUGCGUACAAAUUGUUGCCGGGCGACUCGGCACAGUCGUUAAAGAAAAACCGCACGGCGGCAGCGGACGCCCUGGCGCUAUUUGAAUUCGUCGACCCGACCGCGAUGCAAGGCUCGGACUAUCUCGGAGGAGGCACCGCCGCGGCUCUGCGCGAGACCGCGGACUUCCUCUAUGACAUCGGCCGCAUCGCUUCUGUCGCGCCAGCCGAGAGAGAUGACGUCGACGCGUUGUACGUAGACACGACGACCGCCCAGUUCCUCGAGGACGGUCUGAUUGCCGUGGGCGUCGACGUCCUUGGCGCUGACGAUGAUCUAAACCUCGCGUCAAUCCCAACAAGCGCGGACUCGACCUGCUCCGGCACGUUGGAUUUGACGGCGGCGACUGGAACGUUGACCGACGGUGCCGCGACCUCGUACUCGGACAACCUCGCGUGCGAGUGGCGCAUCGCAUCCAGCGGCGUCGUCGAGCUAAGCUUCGACGCGUUCCGGGUCUGGGCGGGGGAUUUCGUCGAAGUAUACGACGCCAGCAACGACCUCGUCGCGAAGCUCCACGGCUUCGACCCCACCUUGCCGCCGCUGCGUACAAACGGCGAGAUGCGGGUGAAAUUCACUACGGACGGUGUUACGGAGCGCGCGUUAAACGAGUUGACUGACGGCUGGAGCGCUUCCUACGACGCGGCAGCUUUGGCAUGUGCCGCCGACCACUCGACCUGCGGCAAUGGAAAGUGUGACACCGUCUCGGGCUUGUGCAUCUGCGACGCGGGAUACGGCGGCGCCGACUGCUCUCUCGCAUCCUGCCUCGGCACGAUGACGUCGAGCUCACAGUCGGGCGAAUUCCGCUCGUCGCCGACGGCGCCCGACAGCACCGCUCCGUACCCGAACGGGGCCGAGUGCCACUUUGUCGCAGAAGUCGAGACCAAUUACGUCUCAUUCACCAUCACGUACGAUGUGGAGCCGACCUUUGACUUCGUCACGGUGAAGAGCGGCGACAAGAUCUGGGCGCACCUCUCCGGCGAAGACACGGCCACGAUCCUGGUGCCGACGACGGACGGCAAGGCCGAGCUAGUAUUUGAAUCAGAUGAUAAGGGACGGCGCGGCGGGUUUCGUGCGACCUACGUGGGGACUGACAACGGCUGCGGCGAAGACGGCCUCUGCGGUGGCCACGGGACGUGCGAAGGCGGAACCUGCGUCUGCUCCGACGGCUACGGCGGGCUCUCCUGUACCGUGCCGCACUGCCUUCAUCAGGCGCUGACUCUCGCGGAUGGCGCGAAGAUGAUCUCCCAGGCGCCCGGCGAGCCAUUGCCCCCGGAGGCGGAGUGCGCUUGGUCAUUUGAGGCCAACGCGGGCGAAACUAUCCGCGUUGUCGUGGAGACACUAAACCUCGAGGCGUACGAUGGUUUAAAAGGCGACCGUGUACUCAUUCGAACCGCCGGAAACGAUACUAACGUACAAAUCCAAGCCGAGGCGACCUACGAAAUAUCGAGUUCCAGCGUCAGCCUUACCCUCGAAACAGACAAGAACGACGCCGGCGCGACGUACGACGGCUUCUCGGCGACCGCAUACUCCGUCGCGGCGUGUCCCGUUGCUGACGGGGACUGCGAGGACGAGGGCUUCACGUGCGAGGACGGCUACUGCUACGACCUGAGCGGCGGUUCGAAGCGCGCGAGCGGCUGCACGUGCGCGGGGUGCGACGUGGGAUCCUACCUCGACGACGCGACCGGCGGCUGCGAGGCCUGUCCCGCCGGAACGUACCAGCCCCAGGCCAAGAACACGGUCGGCGUGAGCUCGUGCAUCGCGUGCUCGGCGGGCAUGGACGCGCCCGAGCCGGGCUCGGCGCUGUGCUGCUCGGAGGAUUACGUUCUCGUAGGUCAGAAGUGCGCGAAGUGCGGCACGGACGACGGGGACUACAAGCUCACCGGCACGAAGUGCGAUACGCCGGAGACGCGCACGGUGGCGACGCUCGAGAUCGAGAAGGGCUUCUUCCGCUUCAGCCCCGAGGCGACGGUCGUCUACCCGUGCCCGGAGAAGGACGACGCCUGCGGGGGGUGGGACCCCUCGAAACUCGUCGACUCCGAGGACGAGUACUACGGCGACCGCUUCUGCCGCGACAACGCAGAAGGGCCGCUCUGCUUACAUUGCAAGAAGGGCUCCUUCCGCUCGAAGGGCGACAAAUCCGAGUGCAAAAGCUGCGACAGUCACGGACAACUCGCGCUCCAGCUCGUCGCGACCGUCGUCCUCAUCGCCGCGUGGUUCGCCGUGCUUUUCGGCGUCAAGGCCCUGCGGACGCGCUUCCACCGCGACUGGUUCGAAGCCGUGGCGAUCCAGUUCGUGUUCUUCUUCGUGACGAUGAGCCGCUUUGUUGGGAUUCACCAGAUCACGCUGCCGGACCCGCUCUUUAAGUACAUGUGGGCGCUCGAUUUUAUUUCCCUGGACCUAACAUCAAUCCAAAGUGUCCUGAGGUGCGGCUCCAAGGUCACGUACUUUGACUUCUUGUUGUUCUGGACCCUGCUCGCGCCGGCGCUGGUCGUAGUCGUGGUGGUGUUCGCGAUCCUCCGGGGCCUCGUGACGGUGUACGUGCGCGGGCCGGGGGUGGAGGAGGCGGGGGCGCCGCCCGACCCGGCCACCGACAGCCGCCGCGGCGAGGCGCGCUUCGUGUCGGACCGCGAACUCGAGGACGAGGAGCAGCUGCCGCAAGUCCAGCGCCUCGCGCUGAGCGUCCAGCGCGACCUCGACGCGGGGCUCAUGGUCGUCUUCGCCGUGCUCACGAUGUUCCACAGUGGCAUCUGCAGCACCAUCUUCAACACCUUCAACUGCUCUAUCAACUACAAGAUCGCCGACGGUCAAGGCAGCAGCGGCCUCCGAUAUCUCGCGGCGGAUUAUACUAUUAGCUGCAGUACGAAGUACGUAAAGCGGCCGCGCGCGCCGGUGGAGUACGACGCCUACUACGACGCGGACUCGGCCGCCGAGCACGCGUUCUACGAGACGUACGCCACCGUCGCCCUCGUCGUGUACGCGAUCGGCGUGCCGCUGACCUACGUCGCCUGGAUGCUGCGCGCGCGGCGCCUCGCGCGCGACGAGCAGCGUCCCGUGGACGACGGCGCGCUCGCGUUCCUGACGCGCUCCGUGAAGCCCGAAUUCUGGUGGUUCGAGGUCGCGGCGCUCGUCGCGCGCAGCCUCGUGACGGGCAUGUUCCUCUUCGUGAGCCCGGGCGUCUCGCUGAUCAUGUCCUUUUUCGUCAUCGUCGUGCACCGCACGCUAGUCUUGCAGUUCCGGCCCUACGCCUCGACGGGUCUCCAGCUCGUCGUCGAGGCGCUGAUGCGGGCGACGUUCUCGAUCGCGCUCGUGGCCGUGGCCGUCUACGGCAGCGACCCCAUCCUAGACAGCACGACGGCUUCUGUCGUGGCAAUCCUCGUGUUUGCCCUCAACUUGAGUGUCCUGCCCUUCGCCUACCGGGCGUGGCGGACGGAGUCGUACCGGUCCGUCGCGCGGCGCCUGCGGCGGCGCGAGCCCGUCGACAUCGACGAGGUCGAGGCGCUGCUCGGGGGCGCGCACAAGCAGGACAUCGCCGAGGUCGUGCGCAAGUGCGGGCGGCACGCGCUGCGCCAGGCGUUUGAUGGACACCUCGACGACAAGGACUGGGACUACUUCACGCACACAAUUUUAAAGCUCGAGGGCGUCUGGACCGAGGACGUCGCCGCCGCGGACGUGCUCCAGUGGCACGUCAAGGCGAUCCUGUACCGAGCGAAGGCCUACGUCCGCAGCCACCUUCAACUCAAGUUGAACGCGCGCGAGGUCGACGCGUCCGUCGACGUCGUCGCCGGCCCGCUGCGCAAGAGUUUAGUCGGAGGCGCCUCGCCGGUCGCCGCAUAUCAAAAGCUCGGCCGGCCGGCCGGCGCGAAGGCGCUCGAGCAGGUCUACGCCCUGGCGCUGCGGCCCUACUUCUUCCUGGAGCACGAGGAGGGCGCGGUCGUCGGGGGUUUGGUUCGGACGAUGUCGGUUCUUGGUUUAAUGCAGGGCGGGCAUACCAACUCGAGCCUCCUGGCGAGCAUGAGCCGCUCGCAGCUCUCGGCGCGGUCGCUGCUGCGCAACUCCGGCAGCCACUCUUCUCCCGUUGCGGCCGAGAGCAAGGACGAGAGCCCGUCGAAGGUGGCCGAGCGCUUCAAGCACGCCGCGAAGAAGAUUUCCGCGGUAAGUAGAGUUGCGGCGAAAGAGCGGCCGCGGCACCUCCCGCGGUUCCUGGACUUGGCCCUGGUGGCCCACGACCUCAAUCAACGCGCGCAAGCGCGCAUCGCGACGGCCGCGCGCGACAUCAUGGAGGAAGAAGAGGGCGGCGCGACGUUGGCCAAGCUCGCGUCCUUCGACCUCGGGGACCACCACCAGCCCGCGCUGCGGAGCAAGAGCCUCCACGCCUUCAAGGAGGAGGUCGGCGGCGCGGCGCUCGAGGUUGAGUUGGAUGCGGCCGUUUGCGUCGAGACGUUGCACGCGCUGGCGACGGCGGCCUUCCCCGCCUUUCGAGCUGCGCUCGAGAAGCUGUUUCCCCCAGACACGGAGGGCGUCGAAUUGGAAUGUGACGCGGACUUCGCCGUCAAAGCCCCGGCGCGCAUGCGGGCCAAGGUGGACGAGUAUAGAAGAGAAAACGAGACGGUGUGGCCGCGCGCGAAGCGGCUCAGCGACUGCCUCCGCGCGUCCCGGACCGUGUGGAAAUCAAAUUUCGGGCGCCCCACGCCGUCGACGCGAUAAGCUAACUCACCGGUUGAUUCCCACACAGGUCGGUCGUCACGGCCGACGCGGCGCGCACGGUCGCCGCCUACGAGGCGCUCUCGGACAGCGGCGCGUUCACGGUCGUUCGCCUGAAGAACAAAUUGGCCGAACACGCCAAGCCGUACUGUAUGCAUGUCAAUUUGAAAUUUCAGGCGCCGGGCCUGGCUGCGAUGACGGUCGAGGUCCAGAUCGUCCCGAAGGCCAUCUACAGCGACCAGAAGACGUCGCACAGACUGUACACGGUCGCGCGCGCCAACAGCUACGCCGCGUACCGGGGCCUGGCCGAGGAGGACAGCGACGACGACGACGACGACGACGCGGACGUCGCGGGCGACGAGGAGGAUCUGGGGGUUCUGACGCCUACCGACGCGCGGUCGCCCGCCGAGGUGCCGGUCUGGAAGUUCUGGGCGCGCGAGUAAUAUAAC